AACAAACCAACCAUGGACCACGACUUACUCCUACUCCUCGCCUCCCUCGCCGCCGUGGCCGUCGCUGCCGUCUGUUACCUCCGCAGCCAUGGCAGCGGAGCAAAGCUGCCGCUGCCGCCGGGGCCGAGGGGCUGGCCGGUGCUGGGCAACCUGCCGCAGCUGGGGGCCAAGCCGCACCACACCAUGGCGGCCCUCGCGCGCCAGCACGGGCCGCUGUUCCGCCUCCGCUUCGGCAGCGCCGAGCUCGUGGUGGCGGCCUCUGCCAAGGUCGCCGGUAGCUUCCUCCGCGCCCAUGACGCCAACUUCAGCGACCGCCCGCCAAACUCCGGCGCGGAGCACGUCGCCUACAACUACCAAGACCUCGUCUUCGCGCCCUACGGCGCCCGCUGGCGCGCCCUCCGUAUGCUCUGUGCGCUCCACCUCUUCUCUGCCCGCGCGCUCGACGCCCUCCGCUCCGUCCGCCAGGAUGAGGCCCGACUCAUGGUCACCCACCUGCUGUCAGCCUCCUCCUCGCCGGCUCAGGGGGUGGCCAUCGGGCAGGAGGCCAACGUGUGCGCCACCAACGCGCUCGCGCGGGCGGCCAUGGGGCGGCGCGUCGUUGGCGACGGCGUUGGCGAGAGCGCCAGGGAAUUCAAGGGCAUGGUGGUCGAGCUCAUGCAGCUCGCCGGCGCCUUUAACAUCGGCGACUUCGUGCCCGCGCUCCGCUGGCUCGACCCUCAAGGCGUCGUGGCCAAGAUGAAGCACCUCCACCGCCGGUACGACCGCAUCAUGGAUGGAUUCAUCAGCGAGAGAGAACACCUUGCUGGGGAGGAGGAAGGGAAGGACCUGCUGAGCAUCAUGCUGGCCAAGAUGCGACAGCCGCUGCACGCUGACGCCGGGGAAGACGGGAUCAAAUUCACCGAGACCAACAUCAAGGCUCUUCUCCUGAAUUUGCUCACCGCCGGGACGGACACGACAUCAAGCACAGUGGAGUGGGCGCUGGCGGAGCUGAUACGGCACCCCGACACCCUCAAGCAGCUCCAGCGUGAGGUUGACGACGUCGUGGGAACCUCCCGUCUCGUCACGGAAGCCGACCUGCCACGCCUCACCUUCCUCACCGCUGUCAUCAAGGAGACGUUCCGUCUGCACCCGUCGACGCCGCUCUCCCUUCCCCGUGUGGCCGCUGAGGACUGCGAGGUGGAUGGCUAUCACGUCGCCAAGGGCACCACCCUCCUCGUCAAUGUGUGGGCCAUCAGCCGUGAUCCAGCCUCGUGGGGGGCUGAUGCUCUGGAGUUUAGGCCCGCACGCUUCCUCCCUGGCGGGUCGCACGAGACGGUGGACGUCAAGGGAGGAGACUACGAGCUUAUUCCGUUUGGGGCAGGGCGGAGGAUGUGUGCGGGUCUUAGCUGGGGCCUUAGGAUCGUCACGCUCAUGACCGCCACGCUGGUGCACGCGUUCGACUUGUCCUUGGUUAAUGGCAUGACUCCCGACAAACUCGACAUGGAGGAGGCCUACGGUCUCACCCUGCAGCGGGCUGUUCCCCUACUGGUUCAGCCAAUGCCCAGGUUGUUGCCAUCGGCUUAUGCAACGUGAUGGUUUAUCAUGGAUCUUUGUCGUCUCUUAUUAGUUUGUUUCGGUCCGAUAUACCUUGUGUUAGUUAAUUCUUCACAAUAAUAAGAUCAGUUGUCUGUGCCGCCCCCUGAGCCACUAUUCAUUUGGUUGCAAAUUGCAAUCAAUCUAGCAAAAGCUAGUGGUUUGAUUGGGAAUCAUUUUUCUUUUUUUGCUUUUCUACAAUCGUUUCGGCCUUGGACGCCACCAACUUUUAAACCAUCAGUUUUACAUAGGCUGGCAAAUGUCCACUUUCGCUGAUUUCAUAGAGUAUUUUGAACUUAUUUUUAACCAUUUGAGUUCCCAUUCA